AUCUCCUGGAGGCAAGAACUUAGUUUGUGAGCGUGGUGGCCACGUUUCGAAUGCUCUCAACUCGCCGCGUGGCCUUGGUGGAGUCGCCAGUGGUGUAUCAGGAGCAUCAAGUUCAUCAAGUAGAGCAAACCCUGGCGUUGUACUUCUACCUGAACAUGAUCAGCUACAACAACAGGAGACCUUUAAUGACGUGGUGGACCACCUCGUCCAGAACCCCAGUACCGGAGAUUCUCCACCAUUGUCACCACUGACAGCUUCUCCACCUCCGACAGAUACGAAGGUCGGGAAUAUGUUGUUUGUGCCGAAAAUGCGAUUACAUCAUCCGCCACCAGAACUGGAUCUCUACUAUGAAAACGAUUACUAUGAGGAUGAAGACGACGGGCUGGCUGGCGACCGAGAAAGCGAACAUCAUGAAUCGCUCUCAUCUAGUAGAGUUGGCGCUGCGACUAGUGGUAAUGGAAGAAGUGGCCCACUUCGUCAUGGUGUCGGCAACGGAGGAUCAUCUGAUCAUGGCGCUAAAACGUUUACGAUUUCGACACCAGCACCCACAGCAAGAGGAGAAAGAAAAACACCGAGGGAAAGCCGUAUGGAAACGAUUUAGGAUUUCGAUUACAUCAUGUGAAUACCUAGGUAGAAGAAAAAGGAAAAGGCGGUUUUUAUUCUACAAAUGGUUCAUCCCUGAUCUGAUGCUCUUCCUUUUUCUUUUUUUAUUUUUUCAUAAGUAGGCAAGUCUGAACCAUCACAGGUACGAUUUUUCACCAAGUUUCCGUUUGCGUGUUGAAGUUCGCUCCGUUACCUCAAGUAGUACAUACUGUUAUUCUACAAAUUGUAAUCGUUCUACCUAGUAUAAUUAUUCUGACUGAAGAUUAUUUAUCAGUCAGCGACCCUUUUUACAGCAACCCAUUUGCAUUUUCUUCAUUGCUCUUCUCUCCGGGUCCGGCGUAUCCUCGACUUCGAGCAGGGUCGAAUACUUUGAUAUGGGGGCUCCAGCAUCACGAAGUGGCACCGGGAGAGACCGCUUUCUGAGUAGAACAGCGAGCAGCAGUUCGAAGGGCAGCAAUGCCUCCAGCAGAUUGCACGGAACAGGAGCGCAGAAUCCUUUCUAUCAGGCGUUUGGAGCGAAAGCAGCGGAUGACUAUCGACUGCAGAGGCUUCCAAAAGCGACCGGAGCUACAACUUCGCUGACAUCUUCUCCACUGGAUCUGCCUCACACGAGUCAAAACGUUGGAGGAUUCGAUUUUGAAGAUGUUCAUCACUUACUUGACUCAACCUCAACGCCGUCACUAGGCGGUGGAGCUGCAUACCCAGCACAGUACAAUUUUGACGUAGGAACAUCAGAGGAACUACUUGGUACAACUCCAUUGCGACAGCCUCAGCCUGCCCACGACGCUUGGUUUGGCUGGCGCAUAGCGACUCAGGAUAGUCGGAUUUUUUUCUACAGGGAACCGC